CACGUUUAACGAGGGCUGGUGUGAGAAAACCUAAAAGCGAUUGAAAGGGUGAUUUCCGGGGGAGAAAAAGUGAACGGCUCGAUGUCGAAGCGGCGAAGUAUACGUGGGGAAGAGACGGGGGCAGCGAACGCGAGCGCACGGAGGCGGAGCCUUCGUGGGAAAGAAAUUGCUGAGGAUUCGACGGAGGUGGAGGACGUUAAAGAAAGUCUACCCGGAAGGCUAUUUGCAACAGACCGCUUUCCUAGUGAGAGGGUUAAUACGUAUUCGACCACAGAUUUCCUGCUUUGUGUCAGGGAUUUGCUUAAGGGUAGUGUUGAAAUGGGGCAAAUAUUGGGCUCUUGCUUCGGGAGGCUGUUUAGUUUGCCUGUACGCCGGAUGUUGGCGGGUAAAGUGGUUCACGGGAUGUUGACAAGGCAAGUCGUCACGAAGAAGAAGUACGAACUGUGGCCGGUGUUUGGAGGGAAACCUUUCAGGUUCUCGUUGGUGGAAUUUGGGGAAGUAACUGGGUUGCCCUGUGGUGAGUUUGAAGAAGGCUACAGUAUCGACUACGAGUUGCCUCAGACAGAGGAGAACUACACGUACUGGGAGAAAUUGAUCGGUCCAGACCGUGAUGUACUAGUUGAAGAUCUCGUUAGGAUGGUUGCAGACGAAGCAGAGAUGCCGGGUUGGAGGAAAUUGCGUCUGUGUUUGAUUAUAAUUGUCGAUGGUGUGCUUGUUCCGAACGCGCAAAAACCGAAGCCUAGUCUGAAGCAUGUGAAUUUGGUGAAGAAUCUUAAGAAGUUCUUUGCUUUCCAGUGGGGCAGGGAGUCUUUUCUGGCGGCUAUUAGAACGAUGUUGCCAGGCCCGAAGGUAAUGGGGAAGUGCGAGGACCCCAAUGGUGAUUUCUGUAAGAAGCUCAGACAAAAGACUGUCAGAUUAUUGGGUUUCCCCCAGGCUCUUCAGUUGGUUGCUUUCGAGGUGAUCCCACGACUUCUUGUCCAGGCAGGUGGCGAUGAUAGUGUAACGCUGAUGAAUUUUCCUGGGAAGGUUUUGCCUCAACACUCCGGACUGAAUGUCUGUGAUUUGCGGGAAGCUGAGCAUGAUCCCGCGGUAUGUUUUUUUUUUAGUUGUACGCGAGCACACACUUUUGUGGACAUAGCUUAUGGUGUACAUUGCCGUGUGUACGCAGUCAACUGAUGACAAUUCACUAAUUGCUUUGAUUUGUGUAACGUAUUUUGCAGCUGAUAGUACAGCCAAUGAUGGAGAUAAGUGGGGUUCACGAGGAGCGGUGGGGAGUUUGGGAUGACGAGAAGUAUGAUAAGAAGGUGGAUUAUUUGACGGGCCUGAUCAGGGAAGGGCAUGUGUUUAGCAAGUCCGACUGGGGUGGUGGCGAUUCUGGUGGACCUUUGUUUGUUUACGGGAAGAAAAAUGACAAAAAGCGGAAGGGAAAAGCUGUUGGUGGGGUCACGGCAGGGCCGGUUCUAAAACAGAGACGGCUCAGUGGCUAUUUCAAGCGGGAAAUAAUGGUGGAUGGGGAAGAACACGCUAGGAUGGUAUCGCGGGUGGAGGAACUGGGCACUGAGGUGCUUAGGCUGAAAGAGG